UUAGAAUUAACAAAUUAAUGUUUUAUCCUAGAUUUAAGUAAACUAUCUAUAAUGUGUUUGUAAACUACUUCGAAAUUUACUAUUUUUUAAGAACCUUCCAAGAAAGAGCCGGCGAUUGCUUGAACAGCUACUUGCGCACGGAGGAAAGAAUGAAAAAACCGUGAAUCACAAUUACUCUUAUCUGUUUGCGUCGUACCUGAUGAUUAAAAAAAAUAUUGGACUAGAAACGGUUUUAUUGCAGGAAAAACUCGUAUCGAAUGCGUCAUGGGUGAAGAUCUAUUUGCGAAGUUGUUUAAAAAUAAACUUGAAUUGCAACUUCAGUUGCGGAAAGUAUCAAACACCACAGCCUUACGGAUAAAUCACUCAUCUCCUAAUCAAUAAUUAUUAUGCAAUUUCGACGAUAACAAGUGGAUUAUCAGUCUGACAUUGAAAAAACAGUUAUGCUCAAAUAUUAAUUCAGAUGUAACUUUAGUCGUAGUAGCCGUUAAGUAGCGCGAUUUUUUUUCGCGAAUUUCACAUCCACGCAGAUUCGGAUAGGUUGAACUUCGUCUCUUUUGAACAAUGCGUAGCUUCUAAAUUUUCGAAAUAGUUGUCGUAUUACCCGUAACCAUGAAGUACUUACUUUUGGCUUUGGCAUUAGCCACUCUAAGCUUAACAUCGGCUGCAAAUGUCAAGCCUCGUCCCAAGCCGAAUCUCAAAUCAGUUUAUGAAUGGAAGUACAUCGAUUACUUAUGGGAGUCGGAAACACAAAAACAAGAAUUUGUCAAGAGCGGAAAGUACGAUCACAAGAACCUGAUCCCCAUCGACGUUGACAAAGCUAAAGAUGGACGUGUGUUCGUGACGGUUGUCGGUGUCAAGGGUAGUGCCCCAGCUACUUUAACGAAGGUAUCCGACAAAGUUGGUCCAUCUGGUCAUCUUCUGGCACCCUACCCAGACUGGUCUUGGUACACCAAGAGUGAUUGCCAGAGAAUCACUGCUGUGUAUCGCGUUGCCAUCGAUCCCUGCAACAAAUUAUGGGUCUUGGAUUCCGGUGUUGUCGACGGUGUUCAAGUCUGCCCAGCGCGAUUGCUGACCUUCGAUUUGGAUACUGACCAAAUGGUCGGCAAAUUAACCAUCCCAGAAGACAUCGCUCGCGAUCCAGAAACCGGCAAGGGACUCCUCGUUACACCUAUUGUUGACAACGAUGGACCUCUGUGCGCCAACACGACGGUUUACAUGACCGACGAAGAAGGCAGUGGUUUAGUCGUAUGGAACAGCGUCCGUCUUUUCCGUCUCAAGAGCGAAGUGUUCCAACCUGAAGAAGAACAUGCCAACAUCAAAAUCAAAGACACGAGCUUCCACGCCAAAAAGGGUAUUUCCGGAGCUGCGUUAUCCCCGAGGAUUUUUCCACAAACGACUCGAUUCUUCACCUUCAGACCUCUGGCCUCCCGAUCUCUCUACUCUUCCGAUACGCGAGUCAUCAAGCGCAGCACUUACGGCGACAAAAUCAAGUUCUACAAGGGACUCGAUGUUCUACCCAGCCAAACACCUGCCCAGGCCUUCUCCUCCGAGGGUACACUCUUCUACGGACUUACCGAGCAAAUUGCUAUCGGUUGCUGGAACCGAUACAACAAGAUGAUUCCCAAGCACUUUCAAAUCGUAGCAGCUGAUGAGGAACGUUUGCAAUACGCCAGUGGAAUGAAGGUGAUACCCAAGGUGGUAACCCAGUCUCCCGAGGAAUUGUGGGUUUUGACUAACAAAAUGCACGAGGUACUCAAUGGAUCAUGCGAUUACGAUAAAGUCAACUUCAGGAUCCUCAAGAGCUCAAUCACUGAGCUCAUAACUGGAACCGAUUGCGAAAUGCCUGACGCGGCCAAACAAAUGCUCGAAGAAGCUCUUGACAAAGAGCAAGUGGAAAAUGGCGAAGACGAAGCAACUAUCUGGGAAGUCAUCAAAGAGGCUAUAUAGGUCAUAAAGGAUAAUUUGAAAAUUUCUAGAGUAAAAAUUACUACGUAUUUAUUGUAUUGCUGUGGUGAACUAUGCAGACAAUGUUUACUGAUUAAUGAUCAAAAACAUAUAUUAGAGAUUAUAAAAAAAAUACAUAUAUUUUUAUAUAUAUAUUUUUUUUCUCCGGUUAUUGAGCUUCAAAAUAAACAAUAUCCACAUUUA